UGUGGAAGUACAGUGUACUUUAGAUAAAUAUUCUUUCUGUAUGCAGUCCAUAAACAUAUAAAAAUCCAAUAUUUCUUCUUGAUGUGAAACAAAGCACUAUCAUCACUCUAGCAAACUCCCUCAUUUAACGUUCAUAACUCUUUCCAACAAACACCCAAAACGUACGUGCGAGAGAGACAGAGAGAGGAAGGAGUUGUUCUUCUUUGCUACUGUGCAAUGUUUUCAAGCUUCGUUAAUGGCGUUUUAGUUGUCUGGAUUCAGAGAGGAACCCAACCUCUCUAAAUUUCCUCAUCUUGUCUUUUCUAUCUUCUUCUCUUCCCAGUCUUUUCUGUUUGUAAAGACAAAGAAGCAGCGAGAAAAGGAAGUCGGGAGUGAAACGGAAGGGAAAAAGAGAAGAGUUUUUGUGAAUGGAAUCAUAAGGCGUUCUCUCAGUUGAGUUGGUUUGAUCAGUUAACGUACAGUUUCUGAUUGGUCGUUUUUCUUCCAUCAGAACUUAUGGCUCUACUCGUAUUUAGAAGCGGCAAAUGGUUUCGUGGAAAUGUUAAAUGGCUUAGAGAAGCACUUGUGAGUUCCGGUGAGGAAAAGCCAUCGUUUAGAUAAAUUUCUUGUAGACAUUAUUUGAUAGGCAGCAUUCCAUAGACAGCAUAUAACAAGUUUCUGUAGGCUUGGUUGAAUGUAGCUGAUCUAUUUCCAAAUUAAUUGAACUCUUCACGAGACAGAUCUGCUGUGUUGGAGGGAAAAGACAGAAACUUCAGCUUUACUCUGGGACAGAUUUCCUUUGGCAUCAUAGAUUUUGUUACUGAAAGAAACACUUCUUUCAGAUUUUAGAUACAUAUUUAUUUGUGAAGUUGCAUCUCUGUUGGGCAAAUCUCCUUUGGCAGAAAUUACUAAAAUUUUCUUUGGUCGGGUGAAUUUCCUAGGGAAGGAGUGCUUAUUAUCAUCAUUUGCAGCUCUUUUGGGAUCUCCUUACUAGGAACUUCACUCUGACCUUCAAAUAAAACAUCUGGCAAGUUUACCCCCUUGUUUCUUCUGUGGGAAAUCUCCUUUGGAAGUUUCCUCCAGUGUAAACUUUGGUCCCAUUUGGGCAAAUCUCCUUUGGCAUUUGGAGUCCUUUGUUGACUCCUCCGUCCUUUUAGGGCAAAUCUCCUUUGGCAUUAGAGUCAAAAUAUCCUCUUCAGGAUAUUUAACUCACUAUCUGUUUCGAAUAGUUGAAUCAACUGGAAGAUACAUAUUUCACAAUUCGUAACAGAAAAAUAUAGUCAUAUCCUUGGCUGUGUCCUCUUUUGGGAUUGACUAUUAACUUACCAUCCUUAUUACUAUAUAUAUUGAGACUUAAGAGCUUAUUGGCAUAUCUUGGAUGAUUCAGUUUGUUCAAGUACACAAGCAGGAGUAAAGUUUCUGGCACUGAAAAAUGGAUGUGCUCCUUACUGAUUCUGAUUGGGAAAGUUUUAGUGAAAGUGGCAGUAGUGAGGAACAGGAAGAAAAUGACUUUCUGUACGCUGGCCAGGCUUGUAACAUUCUAUCAAGUCUGGAGGAAAGUAUUGAAAAAAUUGAUGACUUCCUCUCAUUUGAGAGGGGAUUCAUUCAUGGGGACAUUGUGCGCUCUGUAACAGACCCAUGUGGGCAGAUGGGUAGAGUAACCAAUAUUAAUAUGUUUGUGGAUCUUGAGAAUGUUCAUGGGAAAAUCAUAAAAGAUAUAAAUUCAAAACAACUUUUGAAGAUCCGCUCCAUUUCAGUUGGAGAUUAUGUGGUUAAUGCAACUUGGAUUGGAAGGGUGGAUAAAGUAGUUGACUGUGUCUCUAUUGUCUUUGAUGACGGGUCAACGUGUGAGGUCACUGCCGUGGAUCACAAUAAUCUUGUGCCUGUUUCUCCCAACAUAAUGGAUGACUCACAAUAUCCAUAUUAUCCAGGACAGAGAGUACUGGUUGUGCCUUCAAAUGUUUCUAGAUCAACUAGAUGGUUAUGUGGUACCUGGAGGGAAAAUCAGAAUGAAGGAACCGUUUCUGGUGUGGCUGCAGCUUUUGUCUACGUUGAUUGGAUUUCCUCUGCUCACGUUGAUCAUGAUUUGAGUGCCUCUCCUCCCUCGCGUUUGCAGGAGGCAAAAGACUUGACUUUGUUGUUGUGUUUUUCCCAUGCAAAUUGGCAGCUUGGUGAUUGGUGUAUGCUUUCAUUUGCCGACCAUAAAGGGAUCACUGAAAAGUUUCUUCAUGCAUCAACUCAUGAUAAAAUUAAAGGUAACUGGAAACUAGAAAAAGGAUUUAAAAGAGGAAACCUGGGUAGAUUGGCAGAAAUCUUUGUUAUCAUUAAGACAAGGACCAAGGUUGAUGUUGUGUGGCAGGACGGUAGCUGUGGCUGGGGGUUAGAUUCACAGACUUUACUUCCUGUUGGUGUUGCAAAUGCACAUGAAUUUUGGCCUAAUCAGUUUGUCCUGGAAAAGGGAACUGGUGGCAAUAGUCAAAGAUGGGGUGUGGUGCAUGGUAUGGAUGCAAAAGAACGAACAGUUAAGGUCCAGUGGAGAAAUAUGGCUGUGAAUCAAGUAAAUGGUUAUGGAGAGCACAUGGAGGAAACUGUUAGUGCUUAUGAACUUGUUGAGCACCCUGAUUACUCCUACUGUUUUGGUGACAUUGUGUUUAAGGUGGCUCAGAACCAGUUUGGUGAUCAAGCUGAUAAAGGUCACAUAAUCUCAGAAACUGGUUUUGGCACGGAAGCUGCUUUUAAAGGCAAUAACUGUAAUUGGAACCAUAACAAGUAUCCCAGUACAUGUUAUCUAUCCUGCAUCGGCAUUGUCAUUGGGUUUAAGGAUGGUGAUGUGGAGGUGAAAUGGGCUUCCGGUAAUCAAACAAAGGUUGCACCUUUUGAAAUUUACGGUAUUGAUAAAUAUGAAGAUUCAGCCACAAGCUCUGUUCUCUAUGAAGAAAAUACUGAGGUUUUGAAUCAAGAGAUGAUUGUGAAUGAGAUGCAGUCUAAUAACCAAAAAGGAAAGGAUCUGUUGAAUUUUGAUGGUGCUGAUGAAAGUGGCAAGAAAUUCUCAUGGAUGCGUACUUCCUUCUUCCGUCCUCAAGCUGCUAUUGGAUUUUUCUCAAGCAUUGCUUCUAGCAUCCUUGGAUCCCUUGGUUCCACUUCACUGUUUAGCCAAGAGUCAUCUGGUUGUAUUUCUCAUGAUGCAAAAGAAUAUGGCAUUCUCCUUGAGAAUGAAGAAUUGGAAACUUGUAAUCACUAUGCUGAGCAUGAUCUGAGUGAGUUGCAGAUAUUUGAAACAGCAAACAUAAAGCUGGAAGUUGAAGAGAUUGAAGAAAACGAAGGUAGUAUGAUGCCAAGAUCUGGUGAGACUUCAGAUCAAUUUAGGCAGUUUGAUAUGGUCAGUGAUUGCUCAGAUCACCACUUUCUUGGUGAAAGCAAGGUGUUGGCUGUGUCUCAGGUGAAAAGAAGUUGGCUGAAGAAGGUUCAGCAAGAAUGGAGUAUUCUUGAGAAAAACCUUCCUGAAACUAUCUAUGUCCGUGUUUACGAGGAAAGGAUGGAUCUACUACGAGCAGCCCUUGUUGGUGCCCCUGGAACACCUUACCAUGAUGGGCUGUUCUUUUUUGACAUUUUUCUUCCUCCAGAAUAUCCAUAUGAACCGCCUUUGGUGCACUACCAUUCAAGGGGGCUCCGCCUCAACCCCAACUUGUAUGAAUCGGGGAAGAUUUGCUUAAGCCUUCUAAAUACGUGGACAGGUUCAGACACCGAGGUCUGGAAUCCUGAAAUCUCCACAAUUCUUCAAGUUCUUGUGUCCCUCCAGGCUCUUGUGCUUAAUGAGAAACCUUAUUUCAAUGAGGCUGGAUUUGAUAAACAGUUAGGAAGAGCUGAUGGGGAGACAAACUCAGUGAGCUACAAUGAAAACGCAUUCCUAGUAACCUGUCAGUCUAUGCUUUAUAUACUCCGCAAGCCACCUAAGCAUUUUGAGGCACUUGUCAAGGAGCACUUCAGUCGACGCGCCAAAACUAUUCUCUCGGCUUGCACUGCAUGCAUGGAAGGUGCGCCUGUAGGAUUUGCUCUUGAAUGCGGUGGAAAUGAGCAUGAUGAAAACUUUAAAGCAAGUUCUACCGGCUUCAAAAUCAUGCUCGCUAAGCUUUUCCCGAAGCUUGUGGAGGCAUUUUCAGAUCAGGGAAUUGAAUGCAGCCAAUUCCGUCAGCUGGAGAAGUAAAUGUGAUGCUGAGGUGCAACUAAAAAUUUAUGAAAAUUUCUAUCAUGUGAAUAGCUUUGUAUAAUAUCCCUAGCCAGAAUUUAAAAACAAAAAUCAAACAAAGAUUCCUAUAAAAAAAAUAAUAAAUGAAAGCUCUGUAUCAUAUCAGGGUGUGGUUUGGGGAAAGAUUACAAUGUUUUCCUCGUCUAUUACGGUCGGAAGCCAUGCUUGACAGGGCUUCUGCUAUGACUGUACAAAAGUAUUGUCUGCAGACAAUAAGAUUGUGAAAUAAAGUGAUGAUUGGAUUGGUGUACUUGAUAAGUCUUCCAAGUUUUCUGUGUCUGACAAUGUUCUUUUGGAGUUUCCGAAUCCGUGGUUCCUAUUAUGUAUCAAGUUCUAGUUGCUGAUGUUGGACAAGACCUUUCCUGUCUUGCUGAUAAUUGAAAGGAUGAGAAACACAAGCAAUUUUAUGUUGUCGUAGACAGCAGAGAACCUAGAACAGGCAAAGCUGGUCCGAAUCCGAAAAUCUG